CGUAGACAUUUCCCCUCAUUCUCCUGUAAUCUGCGGCUGUGCCAUCUGUGGUGAGAAGCAGUGGGCAGCUAUAUCAAAGCCAUGGAGCAGAUAAAUAAUAUUCAGGUUGUUCCUUGCACCAACUCUGAUUAUUUGAGACCGUUUCGGGUGCAUUAUAACCAGAAUGGAACAAAGAAGUCUUGGGACUUUAUGCAAACCCAUGAUAGUGUCUCUGUGCUGAUUUUCAACACCACCUCACACUGUUUCAUCCUGGUCAAGCAGUUCCGCCCAGCCGUAUACAUGAGUGAAUGGGAGCGGAGCAAACCUAAGCCCCUGCAGCUGGCCGAGGAAGGGUCUUCAGAAGCUACACCACCAGAACCAAAAGUCCCAGAAGAGGACCAAGCAGGUGAGACGAGCGAAGAGACGUCAAGCAACGCUAACCAGCCUCCUGCUUCGGCGGGCGUGACCUUCGAGCUGUGUGCAGGCUUGGUGGACAAACCCGACCUCUCUCUGGAGGAGAUAGCCAGGCAGGAAGUACUGGAAGAAUGCGGCUAUGAUGUGCCAGCCACAAAGCUGAGAAGGAUCACGUCAUACAGGUCAGGAGUUGGAGUAACUGGAUCCAAGCAGACCAUGUUCUACGCUGAGGUGUCCGAAGAGAAUUGUGUUGGAGAGGGCGGGGGUAAACCUCAAGAGGGUGAAUUGAUUGAGGUGGUCAAAGUUCCCCUACAUGAAGCAAUGACCUUCGCCUUUGACGAGAGCAUCCCGAAAACGAUGGGUGUUAUUUUCAGCUUCAUGUGGUUCCACAGCAACAUGUCGCCGAAAUACAAGAUCUCCACCAAUGUGUAAUGUAAAAGUUCCAAGCCAUCCUUUGAAAUACCAAUCUUUAUAUACAGUACAUUUUUAUAUAUAUUGUAUUCAAAAUAGUCACUAAUAGUGUUGAUUUUUUUCAGUUACACUUACACUUUUAUCAGUUUGUUGUGGUUAUAGCUAUUGUUAUAUUUCAGAUUCGGGUUAAGCAGCACUUACGUGUAGCUGCUAAUGUGCUAUCCACUUUCUAUGGGAGCUGACACAUCCCAAUAGGUUGCCAUAGAACUGAAGAUGUUCAUUGUGAGUUUGUUUGGUGUAAUUGAAUUCUUUGUUUUUACCAUGUCAGAAAUUUCAACCAGCCAUUUGAUGCAUCUUUUUGAAACCACACCAAGGCCCUUUAAGACUUUGUAACAGUAUUCUAUUUCUCUCAAACUUUAGAGAGCAAGAUUGAAAAGACCAUGUUGAUACCAUCUCACUUCGGGAGUAUUAAAGAGAAAGAUCAUUUACAGUUAAAGCUUUGUGGCCAGAAAGUGAGACCUCUAGACAUUUUCCCACACAUUUUGCAGACAGAAUAAUAUUAAUUUUGAAAAAUAAAAAAGCAAGUAAAACAAUAAUAAAGCCACAAUAAUUAAUGUGAGUAUAUGUGGAUAAUACACUGGCAGCUACCCAACUGAGAAAACUUGAUAGCCAUGCACUACUGUAAACAAUCAUUGAAUCAUUUCUUUACCAAGCAAAGAAUAUAUAUAAAUAAAAUAAGCUCUUGCAGUUUUCUCAGGUCAAAAGCUGACUUUGGGACAUUCAGGGUCAGUGAAAAUGCUGAAAUAUAUUGAAGUAUUUUUAUUGCAGCUAAAGUUGUAGCUAAGUUGAUUGUUUUGAGUGUGUUUUGCACUGAAUUUAUGGAAUACAUAUUGUAUAGUCCUAAAGAAGUACAAGUACCAUGCUAGUCCUACAAGUCUAAAGCUGCUUUGCCAUUAUCAUCAUAACUAUAACAAUGUUCUGAAAUCUUUCAGAACAACUUAUAAUAUAUACAGUAUAUAUAUAUCAGGAGUGCAUGAGCUUGCGAGGUUAAAAAAAAAAAACGGACAUUCAUAUUUUCAAAAAAUGAUAUAGUGUUAGAAAGGUUAGAUUUUCUGGGCCUUCUAAAGCAGGGCUCUUCAACUACUUUCUUGUGGGGACAGAUUAUCCAGAUGAAAACUUGGCGGGGGCCAAAACAUUUUCCGCAUUUAUCUUAGCUAACACUUUCAUCACAAGUAACAUGUUACUUAAAAAAAAUAUUAUAAUAAUACUGUGCAUUUAGUCAUAUUAAAAUUGUCACAGGGUAUACUGUAUAUUGAAUUAUAAUGUUUUAAGGUCUGGCCAUAAAUUCCUUCAUAAGAACUGGCUGAAGAACAAACAUGACUUGUACUCUUAACUAACAAAUCAUUUUUGAUCAUCUUUACUUAGAAAAAACGAAAAACUAAAAAAAUAAUUACAUAAUAAUAAUUUUAUCAUUUUAGGGCUAUUGUUUGAAAAUUAUUAAAACUAAUGAGAAACAUUUAGACCUGCUAAAGCCCACACACAAUAUCAACCCACAUUUGAAAAUAAUGUUCAUAUAAAAAAUGUCAUUUAAAUUACAUUUUUGGAGAAAAAAAUUGAUAAAAUGUCUGUUCUUCCAUUUUCUCUAUACAGUAUCAACCUAUUCAGUAAGGAAAAAUCAGUCCUGCAAAUAUUGUGAAUUUGCACACAAUAGCCAGUGCAGGAGCCAGAUUUUUGUGUAGGUAAUCAUUGGCAAAAGAACAAACUGAGUUGAUGCUGUUCGUGAUUGAGAGGGCUGACUCAGCUGUAUAGAACCAAAUAUUAUCAGGAUAUUUGCAGGUUCAUUUUCACAUUGUCAUAUUUUUCCAAGCCCUAUAGACCCUGAACAGAUGAGACGUGAUCGUUUGACACUUCAAGAAUAGUGAAUAAAAGCAAACUUUUCAGCACAUUUCUUUGAACGUUCAGUUUUCCUAAUCGAUUGCUUUUGUUGCCUGAGAUGUGCGUAUGUGCUGACAUCAUUUCUGUCACAUCUGUGGUGAUAAUUUUUUACAACUGUAGAUUUGGCGCACUCCACACAACCAAGCAAUUUUAUAUAAAGACAAUUGACUGAAAAAGACGCUAUCCAAUGCUCACCUUAAACAAUGUGAUCCAUGUUUAGUAAAGCAGUGUAACUAAACUAUCGCCAGAAAAGCUAAAGCAUGCACUUCGGUCCGCACAACUGAUGACGGCUGAAUGCUGUUGCACAUGCCAAUGAGCAUUGUUAAACUCACCGCUGAUUGCUGAGGCUCGUGUCUAUGAAUGCUGUUUCAGAUGGCCAGACAGUUUGGCCAGAAUUGGCCCGCAGGCCACCAGUUGACUAGCCUUGCUCUAAAGUCACAAGAACAAAUACCUUGAAUCCCAUCCUUGGAGAUAAUUCUACUCAACUUACAUGAAUAUAAACAAUAUACUCUCAAUAUCUUACUCCAAUAUUUGACUUGCAAACAUUUUAAGAUUAUUGAAUUUAGCUUUUGUUUUCCAUCAACUGAACACAAACAUUUUUUUUGCAGAAAUCUUGAGCUCACCAAAAGCCUGAGUACACAGAAGCUUUCCGAAUCAAAUUCUUGCUCUAUAGCAGUUCAGUUUUGAUUCUCUUAUGCGCAGAGCUCUUUCGCUGGUUUUCUUGUGGGCUUGAUUAUUAAGUGAAGGAUGUUGUUAUCAAAGAUAAUAACACACGUUAUUUAGCAUUUGUUAAUAAUCUGUCUUUGUUUCUAUCAUGACAAUUAUCACCAACACUUUAAAUAAAUGCAGUAUUGUAAGCUGAUUGAAUCUUACUGUAAAACAUUCCUUCUGUCCUGUCAUUGCACUCUGUAGCCUAUAUUCUGUUGUGUUUGAGUGUUAUAACUUAUAUUAUCUAUACAUACGAUAAUUCACAAGUUACAAUCGUCAUAUAAUCGUAAUAAAAAAGUAUGUUGUGGAAAAGGACAAGCAGAAUUUUUUUGGUCCAAAACAGAGGGGCUAGAGUGUGUUUUUAAUCUUAAAGAUUAAAGUUUCCUGCCAGACAGGAGUGGGUGGAAGACAUUUGUAGGUAACUGAUGAUUUCUACACUUUUAAUAUUGUGAUUGGUGGAUUCAAGUGAACAUUCUUCAUUUAAAGAGUGCAAAUGUGACAUUUAGGAAUUAUGCAUUGUUUUGAGGGCACUAUUGAGCAUUAUUUCAUAUCGUAAUUGCUCAGAUAUCGUUUCUCUUUUUCUUAUAAAACUUUUCUAAAAAAAAAAAUAAAAAAAAAUAAAAACAAAUAAUGUUUCUGAACGUUGAACUUGUUUGAGGGUUUUUGGAUGUUUAUCUCAGGAUAGGGCUUUUUUUCUUUGAAAUGAUGAAAUAUUGUUGAUUUAUUGUCAUGUGCCACUGUUACUAAUGCUUGACUUUCAGUAUUUCAACAGAGGUGUUGUUCUAAUCAUGUCUUUUUAUCUCUUAUUUUUUAAACAUUUGUAUAUUUGUUUUAAUUUAUGGCACCUUGUGCAAACAUAUAUAUUUCAAAUAUGUAAUAUAUAUACAUUAUAUACAGUAUAUAUAUAAAUUUUAUAUAUAUAUAUAUAUAUAUAUAUAUAUAUAUAUAUAUAUUCAGAAAUGAAAUAUCGCAUGUGCACUGUAUUACAUUUGAUCUGCAUUCAGUUGAAAUUAAUAAAAAAGUUUGAUGACUAAGUCCAUUGAGUCUCUACAUUCAUCUGUCAAUUUCAGGCAGUGUUAGUCAAAAAUCAACCUCACUAAUCAUUCUAAUAAAGCAGUAUUGUAAAGUUAAAAGUAAAUGACUUGGUGGAUUCCUGUAAU